GAUAACGACGAGUCGUGUUUUGAUUGGUUUGUUUACAUUCCUUUUUUUCUUCAAAAACUACAACAGAAACCUUUAAAAUGAAUCCGAGAAUUGAGUCACGGCUUCCAAAAGAUGGAUGGUACAAAAGAAUAGACGAAGCAAAGUACGCUGUAGAACUGAAAAAACUACAAGACAUCAUGGACUACAUAGGAAACAAUUGUUAUGGAGCCGAAUUGAAAUUGACUCUUUUUGUCGCCGCUGCAAUUACAUAUCGUUAUGAUUCCUGCUGCAUUCCAUUCCCCGAAAAAUUUAAAAUUAAUAAUUCCGAAAAGGAUAUCGAUAGAUUGUUGAAAGCAAUUGACGGUACGCCGCGUUUCAUUGAACUCAUGAAAUACCGGACAGCAAAAGAAGUGCUUGGAAGGGAUAUUAUUCCUUUCGAUUCCAUUGAUUUACUUUAUUGGCUGUUCAUUGAAAUGAAAGAAUUUGUUUUGAAACAUGAUUAUUGCCCUCGUCGCUUGACAAAGCUUCUAAAAAGCACGGAAUGGGAGAGAAAUAAGCCACAGUACAUUUUCAAAGUUGAAUAUGACAAAUACUCGCGAGGUGAACAUACAUUUUUCAAUAACUAUAUUAAUAGGGAAAUUUCGAGAUGUUUCGCCUUGCAUGGCACCAAAUUGCACAACUUGCACAACAUUUUGCAUCACGGAUUGCAACAACAUCUCAGCAAGAACGCCCUUUUCGGCGAAGGCUUGUACUUGAGCCCGGAGCUGAGUGUCAGUCUUCCCUACAGUCGAAACGGAUUGGGAUGGAACAAGUGCAAGUUCGGCGAUAGUAUGUCCAUUGUCACGUUAUGUGAGGUCAUUGAGGAUCCCCGAUAUGUGUCAACGUGUAACAUUAAGAAACCCGAAAAUAAAGAUUUGCCCGAGAAAUAUAUCGUUUGUACGAACAACGAAAUGGUUCGGGUGCGAUAUUUGCUCGUUUAUGCCAACAAAACGAGCAAUCAUGUUAGUGCUUUGAAGGAGAAUAAUUGGAAAAGUUGGUUGAAUUGGCGAACGAUGGCAGUUUUGUAUUUGAUCAUUUUGAUCUUUAUUGGCUUUAAAGAUUCGGCUUAUUUGAAUUAUUUGAAGAAAAUUUUUUUCCAAAAGGUGCAAUCUACUUUAAAAGUAUUUCUGGGCACGGGACGAGAGUAGAAAAUAUUUACAGGAAUUUUACAUUUUUAUAUUGAUGAAGCAUUUAUAGCUCAGAGGAGAUAUUGAAUAAAA